CACAUCAAUAAUUAUUUUCUAAAUUCCAAAUUUGGGAUUCAAUUCAUUUCUAAAUUUGGCUAUUUCGGCUGUUAGUCUUUACACUUUAGCCAUGGCCCUGGAAGCAAUAUCUGGCGUGAACAAGCUGCCCUUCAUGAAUAAGUUCGAUGAGGUGCAAAAGAAUUGGGAUCUGCAGCAGAUUGAAAUGGCCACCAGCAACUUUACCAAUCCCUAUUCAUUGAUGGCUCCGCCCUUUGAAAAUCCAGCCGUAAAUCUUCCCAAAAUUCUGGAGCACUGUAAGGUGCGCAUGGACUUUGAUCAUGGCACCACGACGUUGGGCUUCAAGUAUCAGGGAGGCGUGGUGCUCUGCGCGGACUCGCGAGCCACUUCCGGCCAGUAUAUUGGAUCGCAGACCAUGAAGAAGAUUGUGGAGCUUAAUAAUUAUAUGCUGGGCACCUUGGCCGGCGGCGCUGCGGACUGCGUCUACUGGGAUCGCGUGUUGGCGCGCGAAUGCCGGCUGCAUGAGCUGCGCUACAAGCGCCGAAUCGCGGUGGAUGCUGCGGCACGAAUGAUGUGCAACAUAUGUGCCGAGUACAAAGGCAUGGGUCUUGUCAUGGGCAUGAUCCUUGCCGGCUGCGAUGAUGAGGGCAGCAAACUCAUCUACGUGGACUCGGAAGGCAUGCGAUCGCAUGGCAGCGUUUUUUCCGUAGGCAGCGGAUCACCGUACGCUCUGGGCGUGCUAGAUACCGGCUAUCGCUGGGACAUGACCAACGAGGAGGCAUUCGACUUGGCGCGUCGUGGAAUUUACCAUGCCACCAGAAAGGAUGCCUACUCAGGCGGCAUUGUGCGGCUAUACCACAUCAACGAGAAGGGCUGGCGCAACAUAUCCAAUACCGACUGCCACGAGCUGCACGACAUGUUCGAGAACGAGCCGGUGAACUAUGCCAACAAUCCAAAUAUGCCCUGUACGAGCCGGGAGUGGAUUCUGCAUAAGGUGCGACAAGACGUACUGUCCCAAGUCGCGGCAGUUACCGCUGAAAAGGCACUCAAAGUGAAAGAUCGGCUAGUUAGCCAAAAUAGAUAGCCCUUUGCCGGACCUCAAGCCACAGGAUGCCAGGCACUCUCUCAGUGAAUACGUGCGCCUUCAGCUUAAGUAAUUUUCUAAUGAAACCGCCGAGGAAAAAUGAGUUUAACGUCAAGGGUCGUUUGUCGUAGUGGCAAGAACGCCGCUGCCUGCCUCUCGGAUGCUCUAGCGGUGUUCAUUAGAUUAAAAGCAAUUUACAGUAAAACUUUUGCCCGCAAAAUGCAAACAUUCU